CUGUGGGUCUACAUUGAUAGGGUGAAGUGUUCCUUUCACAAACUGGAGACAGGAAUCAAAGGGUUGCCAAUGCCAUGGCUCUGGAGACUGUGUGGAGAGUUGUCUGCAGUGGAGUGGAGUCUGUGUCUUUCAUCCAUUUUCCUCCUUCCCAUUGCAUUAAUAAUAUGUGUGACACGUUCUAAACGGGAAAAGACAUCCAGGUUGUCACUGGCUGAAAUAGGAGACAUUUCUGGGGAAAUGCCACUGGAUGAUUCAGUUGAGGUCACAACCUCAGGACCAGUGACAACCAUUAACAGACCAGCAUCCACAAAACAUGAGUCAAGAGAGUCCCAGAGAGUACAAAGUGGGUCUUUCCUGGGCCAGGUCACCCCAAGGUCAGUGAAAUUGGCUUUGAGGCAGCUGCCACCUGUUCCUGAGCUAAAUAAGAGCAAUGUCAGACAACACAGCAGCUACACUGAGUCUGUAGUGUAUGACAUUGUGGCCCUGGAUUUCUGUAAUUCCUUGCCCACUGUAGACAGCAAAGUCCUUCAAAAACAGACCAUCGAGGGCAGCAACCACACUGGAGAGGAAUAUGAAGAGGACGAAGUGGUAUUCCCUGUCUAUGCCGAGGUCAACAAAACCACAGUUCACUUGAACUCCUCCAGAUAUUCAUCACUUUAUGCCAAAGUGAACAAAAUAGGGUCCCGGAAUGUUGAAAUCUGAAUUGUUGCAGUGACUAACAGCAAAUGCCUUAAUGCUAAAUACAUUUUUUGUCAAAAGCUCAUUUGAGAUGAUUGCAUCAAUGCCAACCUUAUUUGGGUAAUCUUGAUGACAAGUGAAAUGCUUUAGAUUCAAUAAAAAGAGUAAAACAGGAAAUUCUGUGUAGCUCACUUACAUGGGGCUUGUAAUGCUGGGGUUGUAUAUUCGAUUUCCAUGGGUGGUCUGUAGGAAAAUGUAUGCCUUCCUGUACAUUCUGGAUUAAAGCAUCUAUUAAAUAACUUAAAUGUAAGUGCAUUAUUCACUCCAGAGUAAAAUGCAUGUGUACAUUUUUCCUAUGCUGUUUCUCAGACACAAUGUCACAAAGACUAAUUAUUCAUCUAUCCAUCCAUAAUGAGAUCAUAUCAGGACCUCUGACUAGACCACGCUGAAU